GGGUGAGGAAGUCGUGCCGGAGGAGGGGGUCGCCUCGCUCUGGCCGCGCCCGCCCGGGCUCGGCCACUCUGCCCCUGCCUGUCUAGGCGCAGGUGAGCUGGCGCCCGCCCUUCACCUUCCCGGGGAGCCGGCUGGGCUGAGGCUUGUCUCGCCUCCGGCUGGCGCGACUCGACUGCGGCUCGGCUGGGUCCGCGCGAUGAAGUCAUAGUGCUGCGGGUCCGCGCGACCGUGACGUCAGGGGGUUCCGGGAGCGGGACUGUGAUGUCACUGAAGGCCCUGCGGGGCCCUUGGCGCGGAAGGCCCCCCCCCCCCCCCCCCCCCCCGCCGCACUCCCCGAACCGAGCCUGAGGAAGUCUGGAAACCCAACGCCCGGAAUCGCAGCGGGUUUGAAUCGAAAGUUCGGGAUCAUCAUUUUAAAACCAUUUGAACAACCUCUGUUAUGCACCUAAAGCCAUAUUGGAAACUCCAGAAGAAGGUUCGACCUCUACAAAUCAGCACGGAAACUGUGAGAACACCUUUGAGCCACCAAAAGGUUAUGCAUGAUGAAAAAUGCAAAGCUAGCUACAUGAAGCCAGGUGUCUUUUCUGCAUCCUCUCUCGGGAAAGCAUCAUCUCGAAAGCCUUUUGCAAUCCUUCCUCCAAAUGUUUUGUGCAGUAUGAGUGGGAAGAGUCCAGUGGAGAGCAACCUGAAUGUUAAUGCCAAGAAGAAUGCGCCAUCUGCCACGAUCCACCAGGGUGAAGAAGGGGAAGGGCCGCUUGAUAUCUGGGCCGUUGUGAAACCAGGAAAUACCAAGGAGAAAAUUGCAUUCUUUGCAGCCCACCAGUGUAGUAAUAGGAUAGGAUCUAUGAAAAUAAAAAGCUCCUGGGAUAUUGAUGGAAGAGCUACCAAAAGAAGGAAAAAAUCAGGGGAUCUUAAAAAAGCGAAGAUACAGUUAGAAAGGAUGAGGGAAGUCAACAGCAGGUGCUACCAGUCUGAGCCUUUUGCAUGUGGUAUCGAGCACUGUUCUGUACAUUAUGUGAGUGACAGUGGGGAUGGUGUUUAUGCCGGGAGGCCUCUGUCUGUCAUACAGAUGGUUGCUUUCCUUGAGCAAAGAGCCAGUGCUCUUCUCGCUAGUUGUACAAAAAACUGUAGUAGCUCACCUGCUGUGGUAAGAUUUUCAGGGCAAUCCAGAGCUUCUGAAUCCUUCUCUGCCCCAGGAGCUGGUGAUGAACCCAUAGAGAGGGGUAAUCCUGAGCCUGGUGAGCCACAGAGUGAGCCAGUCCGUGUCCUUGACAUGGUAGCCAGGCUUGAGUCUGAAUGUCUGAAGCGCCAGAGCCAGCGCGAGCCUGGAAGCCUCUCAAGGAACAACAGCUUCCGUAGGAAUGUGGGCCGGGUGCUGCUUGCAAGUGGCAUCCAGGCCAAUGAAGGCAAAGCAAACAAAGACACUUUGGAGGCUCCUGACUCUCAGGUGAAUCCUGUGGGGCCUGUAUCUGUAGACUGUGACCCCUCUAGAGCUGACUAUUGUUCCCCUAAGGGGGGCCAGGCCUGGGACAGUGCACCUCAGGGCUGUCCACUGCCAGCAAAUGUGAGUUUCCAUCCGGACAGUGCAGAGUUAGAACCAGAUCAGCAAAGUGCUGUGAAAAACAGUGAGAGAUACGAUGUGGAAAUGACGGAGGAACUUACUGGGUCAGCUUUUCCUUCUUGCCCUUGUCCCCAAGCCAUUGAGUUGCCCGCAGAUGCUGUUGAAUGUAUGAGUAGAGAGCUUACGCCACAUACUAGCCAAAAUCCUGAUCAAAGAAGAAAAGAAUCUUUGUGCAUUAGUAUCACUGUGUCCAAGGUAGAGAAAGACCCGCCUUCCAGUUUAAAGACCUAUGAAGACCCGCUUCCAGGGAUGUUGUUCUUUCUGCCACCUAGUCGGCACCAGUCAGACUGUUUGCAGUUGAAUGAAAGCGCAACAAAAGAGUCUUCCAAAGCCAGCCAACUUGAAGAUGUUGCUGAGGGUGACAGUGCAUCUGAGGGAAAAAGCCUUUCAGCUGAUUCAUUUGGCGCUCUGGCCUCACCUGCGGAAAAUGCACUGCCACUGCUUGAGGCAGCCAGUUGGAAGAAGCAGGUGUCUCAUGACUUUUUGGAGACCAGGUUUAAAAUCCAGCAACUUUUGGAGCCUCAGCAGUACAUGGCUUUUCUGCCCCAUCACAUUAUGGUGAAAAUCUUCAGGUUACUUCCCACCAAGAGUUUAGUGGCUCUUAAAUGUACCUGCUGCUAUUUCAAGUUUAUCAUUGAAUACUACAACAUCAGGCCAGCAGAUUCUCGCUGGGUCCGAGAUCCACGCUACAGAGAGGAUCCUUGCAAGCAGUGCAAGAAAAAAUAUGUGAAAGGGGAUGUGUCACUGUGCCGGUGGCACCCGAAACCCUACUGCCAGGCACUCCCCUAUGGGCCGGGGUACUGGAUGUGCUGCCACAGGUCCCAGAAGGGCUUCCCUGGCUGUAAGCUGGGGCUGCAUGACAAUCACUGGGUCCCUGCUUGCCACAGCUUUAAUCGGGCGAUCCACAAGAAAGCAAAAGGGACUGAAACUGAAGAGGAAUACUAAAGUCUGUGUGAGAGAUGACAAAGGGACAAUCUCUUAAACUGCAUAACGCCCCCAGCUGUGCUGUCCAAGCAAGUUUUGCCUCUCAGAGCCAUCACUGUAGGAGAAAUCUGUGCUUAUUUCAUCAGGACUGCCUUUGCUCAGGCAUUUUUUUUUAACUCUUAAUUUAUCAGUUGUACAAGAAAAUUGGUCUCGUUGUUUUAUAGUGGCAUCACACAUUUGAUCCAGGGUGAGAUUAUUACACAGUUUGAUUUACUUGGCUGUGAGUGCCUGUUUUCCCAGAUCCAAUUCAUCUUCAAAGGAUGAAGACUUGCACUUUCAAGGACAUUCAGAAGAAUUCAUGGCAGACUAUACAGACAUCCCCACCACCACCCCCCAAAAAGGUUCCAGAAAUGUUUUGAGUACUGGUACCAUAUUUGACAUAAGUGAAUAGUGUCCUAUGGGGGAAAAAAAAAAUCACAGUCUUGGAUGAAAAGUAUGCUAACAAAGGAAAAGUCAGGCACCUUCCCUUAGACCUUGUAUGUUUGAUCCUGUGAGAUUGAUGUUUGUGGUUGGAGAUGGAUUUCAUGCCCUGUGGUGUUUACAGUGUAUAUAGUGGUGUGUUUUCAUAGGGCUAUGGAAAGUGCACAUUAAACCUGAGCGCCUUUACCUUAGAUGAGUGCUUUUUGCCCCUGUGUAAAUAACACUAUUAAAUUCCAGUUAUACAUAUUGGAUAGCUGACCGAAUAUAAUCACCACAAUGCAGCUUGGAUAGUGUUGCGGCUACAGUUGUGUGAAUUUGGGGUUGUUGUUUUGUUUUGCUUUUUUUGUUAUUGUCCUGUCUCAAAUUUGUACAUCCUGUAUAAAUAUGAAUGUUUCCAAAUAAACUAUGAAUGUUUUCCUGUAUAAUAUAUGAAUGUUUCUGAGAAGAAACUCUAAAUAGUUAUGAAGUUAACCUGUUGAAAGGAUACCAAAUAAUGGUUUAACUGGACAAACUUAAAAAUUAGCAUAGAGAGCAAUCCUUUGUUAUAUUUUAGUGAUAUAUCAAGAAUGAGAGAAUAAUUAUAUAGUCAGAUUAUAACAUUCUUGUCUACUUUAUUCUUCCUUAUGUCUGGUUACAAUUUUUUUUAUUUCAAUAAAAAUAUGCAUCUUAAAUGGAACCUGAAUUUUGCAGGGUUUUUUUUU